AUGAAGCUUCAAGUCAUUGAGCUUCUCCUCCCUAGGAAGAAUGAGCAGCGCAACAGGACUACUAAUAACAAGGCACUCCUGCUGGUGACCUUACUUCUCCUUACCACAAUCCUCCUACAUCUCUCGACCAAUUUGCGUUUGCCAAUGCAAUCCCAGAACAUUGGCAUCACCAGUUAAAGAAGCACAGAAACAGAGUACAAGUGUUAUAUAUUUAGCGAAUGGGUUCCUGUUGGUCCUUACUACACAAAUGCAAGUUGCUAGAUCAUGGACCAGCAGAACUGCUUGAAGUUUGGGAGGCCCAAUACUGAAUUCCUGAAAUGGAAGUGGCAGCCCAACGAAAGUGAGCUGCCUCUUUUUGCUGUUGGGUUCUUGGAGCUUGUUGCCUUCGUGGACUCUCUCGGAAGGAAUCAAAUGCAGUCAUUGUUGUGCCUGUUAGCCACUGUAGUCCAUGCAGUGGAUAUUUCUCUGAAGCAUACAGCUGAUACAAAUUUCAAGCGCCGGUUGUACACUUAUAACUUUACCUUAGCAACAUUCUGGUCACCACCCUUGGUUAAAUCCGCUGAUUCAGGUCCCAAUGGCCAUUCCCUCAACAGCCUCAUGAGCCUACAUUUGGACAAGGUCGAUUAGGCAUGGGCAGCUCAAGUCGGGAAAUUUGACUAUGUGAUCAUCUCAGCUGGCCAAUGGUUCUUUCGGCCACUGAUGUUCUAUGAAAACAACCAGCUUGUUGGGUGCCACAUUUGCCAUAACAAGAACGUAGCAAACCUAACAAAGUAUUUCAGGUAUAGGAUGCCUCUUCAAACUGCCUUGAGACACCUUCUGAACCUGGAAAACUAACGCAGAGGGGGGGGGGGGGGGGGGGGGGGGAGUUCACUGGCACAUUUUGAGAAUGGAGAAUGGAACAAAGGUGGGAGUUGUACUAGAACAAAGCCAUUUGUAGAAUGGGAAAUGAAGUUGGAGGGGUAUAAUCUAGAGUUCCAUUCGACUCAAGUGGAGGAACUAAGGACAGCAGCGAGGGAAGGAAGGAAAACGGGCAUGGAAUUUAGGAUGCUUGAUGUUACAAAAGCUAUGUUACUCAGGCCAGAUGGUCACCCAAACCAUUAUGGGCACUGGCCACAUUAAAAUAUGACAAUAGCUGAUUGUGUCCACUGGUGUCUGCCUGGCCCCAUUGAUACAAGGAAUGAAAUUUUGCUUCAGAUGCUGAAGAUAGUAGGUGAGAAACCAAUUGAUGGAGUGCAUCAUAUAAAGGCUGGAUGA